AAUAAUAGAGUUUAUUCCAUUCAUGACCGUUUCCAGGAUCCAUUUGUACACUCCCCAUUGAUGGAGUUUCAAGGAUAUCAAGUAACCUGGACCAUUAAAUUGGAAAACAUUGCAUGUGCAAAUCUCUGGAGGAGGCUGAGAUUAAGAGCUCCUAAUCCUGUCGGAGGAUGCCAACGUGCAGCGGCUGGAUUCGCUGGUGACCUUGGGCGGCGAUAUCCAACUCCAAGAUUUGGAGAAGCUAUUCCAUUCCGGUUACCAAGCAAGUUACGGAUCAUCGGUCGCAAGCAGGAGAAACCGCGGAGAGCAAGUGCGCGGGUGACGAUAACAAUGUUGCCCCAUCAUCGUGCGCUUGCAAUCAUCACCUCGGCUCCACAAUCAGCUGUUCGGAUUCUCAGCUGAUAUUGCGACAGGUGUCCAAAGAGUA